GGGAAGGUGGAGCUCGGCUCGACACAAGACGCAACGUUGGAGUCUUGGAUUAAAAAAGUAGCUUAUUAGCUUUUUGUUAGCGGUGUUCUUUCAUGCUGUUUGAACUUCGUCAUCGUCAAAUUUCGGCAAUUUUUUUUUUUAAUUUGUUGCCGAGCAUUAAGACAAAAUAACUCAGCAGGUGCUGUUAAGUUUUUGCAGGAAGUAGGUGGAUCAGCGACGGCCUGUACAGACAAAAGUUUGAGAACUGAUUCAAAUCGUCUUCCUUCGUUUUCUGCUCCAUCUCCAAGGUUGCUCAAUGACAGAUGUCACCAGCGAGAGCUCUCUGCUUCCUGAUGAUUGUGGUUCGCUGGCACACAGUGGGUCAGACCACGUUACCUCAGCGAAUCUACCAGGCUGAGGAGCACAAAAAUGUCACACUGGAGUGUCCAUACCCUAAUACCGACAUGGCUCCUCACACAUUAAUAAAAGACCUGAAUAAGGAGAAUCCACUAGAGAGAAUUUGUCGGUAUGACAGCCGUCGUGAGCCUAAGCUGUAUAUCAAUGAGCUCUACAAAGGACGACUGCUCUGCGAUCCACAACUCAUCAAGAAUGGAUCAAUCUGUUUUGUCCUGACUGAUCUGAGACUCAACGACACUGGAACGUAUCGUUGUGUUGUUGUUGUUGCUAACAAAACAACUACAGAAGUGUUGCAGCUCGUAGUUACAGCAUCCAGGAAUCAGACUGUAACAAACACCUCACAGCCAGCAAGCCGGGGAAGAACUGAUCUUUAUAAAUGUAACUUUUCAGCUUGAAAAGCAUCCAGCUGAUCUUAAUCAGACAUCUUCAUGUCAGGAAUUAUUCAAAUGAAGCUGAAAGUUUGAGUCAUUGAUCAUCUGCAGUACAUACUGACUCACUGCUGUAGGUCUGAAUCUCUGAAGUAGAAGAGACAAUAAGUUCAUCUGGGUUGGUUUAUUCAAAGAAUACCAGAGAUGCUGAUCCAGAAGUUUGGCUGGAGAAAGGUGAUGUUUACGUGGAGCUGAUGAUGGAACUUCAAUGGGAACCUCUGUUUGUCCUUGGUGGGUGCAGGACUUGUAGGAGGGGGAUUGAGUAGAAGCUCAAUCUUCCACUGGGAGGGUUUAACAGGAGACUAGUAUGAAGGACACGAGUCAGCAAUUUCUCGAAAAAGGAAGCUCUGGAAAAUCCAGAGAGACUUCAUGUUACUCAAAAACUUCUGUUGUGUUUUUAAUUGUGGAGGCAUUUCCUUUCAGAAAGAUGAUCUGGAUUUCAGCUUGGCCUUUGAGUUUUCUCAUAAAGCACAAAGUAUUAAUACCCGUUAACAUGUUGUUCGUCUCUGCUGCUGUUGAUGUGAAAAUCUAUCAGCAGAGGAAGAUGCUUUAUGUAAUGAUUUUCCAGACUCAGCAGUUUGUAGGAAGAGUUCAGUGUUACAGAGAAGCUUUGAGAGAAGGACGUGUCCAACUUCAUGUGUCCAGACUCAGCUGGAGACUCUGGAAACUACAGAUGUGAUUUAGUUGCUAAUUAUGACGACAUGUUGAGGA